AUGAACGCCCCAACCACAAACCAGACAUCGGGGUCCUCGUCCGCCUCGACAACACACCAGCACACGAGCCCGUCGCAGCAGCCCGUCGCAGCCGUGGCCCCGACACAGCAGGGCACCACCGGGUCGACAGACCCCUAUCUCCAGGACUUUACGCUCCUGGCCGAGGCGGCGAAGCGAGCGCAGGUGGCCGUCAUGGUGCGCGACUUUGAGGACUGCGCGCUAUGA